AUGGAUGUGAGUAGGAGAAAUACUGGGGCUAAAACUAGUGUAGUAGCAGGGUCUGUGUGGGAGAACAGAAUGAAACUUGAUGAAGUUAAAGGUGGAAUUAAGGUAUUUAACGGAGAAGAGAAUGUUGAAGAGAGCAGUAGUAGUAAUGGAAAUAGUGCAAAAAAGAUUGUAAAAAGAGGAGGACAAAAAGGUCCAAGUACUAGUGUGGCUGUGAGUGGCAAGAGGAAGACUUGGAAAUCUGAGAGCUUAGAUGGUCCAAUUCAGAUUGCAAAGGGAAAAACUAGUGAAGAACGGUGUAAGGAAUUGAGUGUUUCGGUUGAUGGAAUCAAGAAAAGUCCAGUUCAGACAAGGAAGGGAAGAUCUGAAGGGAUUAAUAAAGAGCUCAGCUUGUCAGUUGUUGGUAUUGAUAAAACCUCAAUUCAGGUCAAGAAAGGAAGUAAAGAGCUUGAUGGGAUUGUUAGAAGUCCAAUUCAGGUCAAGAAAGGAAGAUCUGAAGCAAAUAUAGAGGUUGGUGUUUCUGUUGAUGAAAAUGAGAAAAGCCCAAGUCAGGUAAGGAAGCAAAGAUCUGACAUAAAAGAGGUUGUGGAAUCUAAUGUAGAAUUAAGGAAAGUAAAAUCUGAUUCUGUUAUGGUUUCGAAGCAGUCUGGUAUUGGUAAAGAUCCUGUACUUGAUGGCGGGGUUGAAAGUAAUUCAGUUCAGUUAAGGAAGGCAGAGUCAGAACCUGACAAGGUACUGAAUGAAUCUGUUAAUGGAAUGGAGAAGAGCCCACCUGAAAUUGAGGAGACUGGAUCUGAGGAAACUUGUAAAGAGUUUGGUGUGUGCCAAGAAAAGGUCAUUUCUAGUAGUGACAUCAAUGAGUCAAUACAGAAACCACCUCCUGAGCCAUUGGUAGAUAAUCCUCCUCCUGAUGAUGAUGAUGAAGAAUUUGAAGGUGAUGAAGAAUUUGAAGAAGAAAUAGAAGAAGAAAUUGAGAUUGAGAUUGAAAAUAAAAGCUUAGAUAUUAAGGAGAUUAACAUACCAGAAGAGAAGCCUAAGAAGGUGGAAACAAAUGUAGCAGAACAAAAGCCUAAGAAGGUGGAGAUUUGUAUACCACAACAGAAGCCUAAGAAAGUGGAAGUCAGCACACCUGAACCGAAACCUAAGAAAGUAGUGAGUGAAGUGAAAAAAGUCCAGCAAUUUAACAACAGAACAGCACCAACUUCUUCAAUUGUGAAUAAACAACCUCCUCCUGUGUUAAGGAGAGCAACACUCUAUCAAAAUCUUGCGAAGGCUGCUGCUACUUCAUCAAUUCCAGUUGCUAACGAAUACCAGAGUUUCAAAGCAACUCGUAGGCAUAGCAAGCUUCAAAACCUAGUGGAUUUAGUUAUGUGGAGAGACAUAUCGAGAUCUGCAUUAGCCUUUGGAAUGGGCACAUUUAUCAUAAUCUCAUCCUCCUAUACUAAAGAUCUCAAUGUCAGUUUCAUUUCUGUGAUUUCCUAUCUGGGUCUUGUUUAUCUUGCUACCAUUUUUCUGUAUAGAUCACUUAUUUGCAGGGGAGUUAUAGAUAUAGUUGAUGAUGGAAGCUAUGUGGUGGGAGAAGGUGAGGCAAUUUGGUUAUUAAAAUUGGUUCUGCCUUACUUGAAUGAGUGCCUGUUGAAAAUUAGAGCCCUUUUUUCUGGUGAUCCUGCCACAACAAUGAAGAUUGCACAAAUCACAGUACACUUGCACCAGUCAUCCAAACGUGGACCUAUGUUAGGACAGACAGAUGAAACAUAG